AGUUCCAGCUGCUGAACAACAUCUGCAGGCUCCACAUCUCCCUCUCUAAACCUCCAGUGACCUCAGAUAAAGUUGCUUCUCACCACAGACGAGAGGAAUGCGCGGAUUGGAUCCACUUCCGGUUUAAAGAACGCCAGGUUCAGGUUGCAGAGGCGCGCGCGAUUCCAGUUUUCUCUGGAGCUUUCUCUGGCGCAGAGGAUGUUCUGACAACAACAAAGAAAAACAGACUGUUACAGAGACCUCGAUCUGUGUGAAAGUCUUUUUUUUUUUCCAUUUGAGUCUGAAGUGAUGGCAGCAGGGCUGAAGUGGGCCGCGCGGCUGCUGCUGCUGGCCGCGCUGUUGGAGCAGAGCGCGCACGGAGCCACGCAGAGCCAAACCAACCCAGAGUCGUGGCUGCAACAGUAUGGUUACCUGCCGCCAGGUGACAUGAGGACCCACAGCCUUCGCUCGCCUCACUCCGUCUCCUCAGCCAUCGCCACGAUGCAGCGGUUCUACGGCCUGACGGUGACGGGGACCUUCGAUGACGACACCGUCCAGGCCAUGAAGAAACCGCGCUGCGGCGUGCCAGACAAGUUUGGAGCCGAGCUCAAGAGCAACCUGAGGAGAAAGCGUUACGCCGUCCACAACCUGAAGUGGCAAAAAAAAGACGUCACGUUCUCUAUUCAGAACUACACGCCCAAGGUGGGGGAGCACGAGACCCACGAGGCCAUCAGGAAGGCCUUCAAGGUGUGGGAGAGCGUCACGCCGCUCCGUUUCCGAGAGAUUCCCUACAGCUACAUACGGGACAAGGUGGAGGAGUUCGCCGACAUCAUGAUCUUCUUCGCAGAGGGUUUCCACGGCGACAGCAGCCCGUUCGAUGGUGAGGGGGGCUUCCUGGCGCACGCCUACUUUCCUGGCAACGGCAUCGGUGGAGACACCCACUUCGACGCAGCCGAGCCGUGGACGAUCGGAAACCAAGACCUGCACGGGAACGAUGUCUUCCUUGUUGCGGUGCAUGAACUGGGUCACGCUCUGGGUCUUGAGCACUCUGGGGACCCUUCAGCCAUCAUGGCUCCCUUCUACCAGUGGAUGGACACGGAGAACUUUCAGCUCCCUGACGAUGACCGCAGAGGCAUUCAGCAGAUUUACGGCUCUGGAUCAGACCUCCCACCCCCUCCUCUAACGCCGCACACACCGGAGCACGACCCGCAGCCCACCUACGCCCCCGACAAGCCUCACUUCGGCCCCGACAUCUGCGACGGCCAUUUUGACACCAUCGGCAUCUUCAGAGGAGAAAUGUUUGUGUUCAAGGAUAAGUGGUUCUGGAGAGUUCGUAACGGCCGUGUGUCCGAUGGAUACCCGAUGCCCAUCGGACACUUUUGGCGAGGACUACCCACUCACAUCAACGCUGCCUUUGAAAGGGAAGACGGAAAGUUUGUUUUCUUUAAAGGAGACAGGUACUGGGUCUUCAGUGAAUCUAUUCUGGACGCUGGUUUCCCCAAGAGUCUUAAAGAAAUGGGCUCCGGGCUUCCCAAAGACCGGAUAGAUGCUGCUCUCUACUACACCCUCAACGGGAAGACCUUUUUCUUCCGAGCUGACAAGUAUUAUAGUUUCAUUGAGGAAAUGCAAAGAGUUGAUGACGGUUACCCCAAAUCCAUCAGUGUCUGGCAGGGUGUGCCUGAAAACAUCAAGGCAGCCUUCAUGAGCAAAGACCAAGCUUACACCUACUUCUACAAAGACAACAAGUACUGGAAGUACAACAACCAGAGGAUGCGCGUGGAGCCUGGCUAUCCCAAAUCAGCACUCCGUGACUGGAUGGGCUGCCCCAACGAAGACCCCAAGACCGACGGAGGAAGAGGAGGGGGUAGACACGACAAGGACAAAGACAAGGAGCAGAAUGAUACUGACAGAACCACAGAGGAAGAGGUGGACAGAGAGGAGGAGACAAAGACAGAAGACGUGGACGUAACUAUUAUUGAGACGAAUCAGGGGAGCGGCUCGGCUGCCGUCGUCGUGCCGCUGUUCCUGUUGGUGUGUGUGAUCGCCACUUUGGCAGCCUUGGUGUUUUUCCGUCUGUACGGAACUCCACGCCGAAUCCUGUACUUCCAAAGAUCUCUACUGGACAAGGUGUAG